AUGAAGGGCUCCCUUUGACUUUAAUUAUAUUCCCUGUUUUUUUUUGCCAUCUCAGAAGUGAAGAGUGAGGUAUCUAUGAAGCUCUGUGGGCUAGAGUUCAUAAAAGCCAACAUCUACAUCUGUGCUAGUUCCAGGUGGAGAAGGCACCUGGAAGGGAUCCCUCAAAGUCAGCAAAGUUUUCUUGGUGCUUGCCAGUAUGCCAAGGGCUCAAAGCAGCAUUGUUUGAUGUCGAGACAAGACUUGGGAAGUGUGGGCUGCCUGGCCUGCUGUUCCAUGCCCGAUUUGCUGGCUCUUUGUUAA